AUGACGUCAAAACUCAUAAUCCCUAAAAGGGAUGAUUCCUGCUCUGAGAGCUCAUGCAGUGAUGCCGUUCGUACACCAGGACGUAAACGCAAACUUGAUCAUCUAACUUUUGAUGAGAAAGUUCAACGAAAAAAGCUUAAAAAUCGAGUUGCUGCUCAAACAUCCAGAGACAGGAAGAAGAAACAGAUGGAAGAAAUGCAGGAAACUAUUGAACAACAAAGCAAAAGAAUAACCAACUUGGAAAGAAAAUGUGACCAACUAUCAAAUGAGCGUGAUCGAAUUCAAGCGAAAUUUGAAAAAAUUGAACGAGAAUAUCAAAAAUUGAAAGCAAAUACAAACAUCAAGCCAGAAAUAAGACACAGCAUUCCAGAAGAACACAAAUAUACGCGUUCAGCUUUGGAAGAUAACAGCAUUGAUAGCUGUGUUGGCUCUUUUACCAUGAAAUCUGAAGGAUCUGCUGAAUCCAAACCUCUGCUGAAGGAGCUCUUCGAAGACAUCGAGUUCGACCAAUUCGACCUUGAACAGCUUGCAGAAAGCUUGCUCGAAGAUGUCUCUACAAACUUGGAACGAAAUGUUUCAGCAAGCAGCCCUUCAAAUGCCGAAAGCAAAGGCCUCCAACAGCCAUUGUCUCAAUCAUUGGUGGGGACCGAAGACACAAGAAUGGAAUCCGCCAAAGAUAAAAGCUCAAUAGAUCACAAAGUACCAGAUGUGACGACAUUAAAUCUUGAUGAAGCAUGCAAUGAAAACCGAAUAAUUUAUGCUGAUGAAAUACCAGUGGAAGAAGAAUGUUUUGAAAUUCAAGACUCACCGGAAAUCACGAUUAAAGAUGAAACACUUGACGAUUUAAUUUCACCAACACCUGCACUUGAUUACGUACAACUUAAAAGUCCAAUCAACACAAUAUCAGAUUGUGGCUAUGAGUCACAUGGAUCACCAAACUCUCUUCAAGAUUUCUCAUUUAAUGAUCAGCAAAAUGAUAUAAAUUAUCUCCUUAAUGACCUCUUUCCUGCAUUAGCAUAA